UUUUUUUUUCCCCCUCCCAGGAUUUUUUUCUUCUUUUUUCUUUUUAAGAGAGAGAGGGAGGGCAGAGCCUCGCUUCUCCCCCCUUCUUUCACUCUCUCGAUCUUUUUCUUUUUAUUUUUGCUUCCCUUGGGGGUAGAGGGGCACGCGAGGAAAAAAAAGUAAAGGAAUAUGAUUGCUUCGUGGCUGACUUUCGCCUUGCUUUGUGGAACUUUCUGUGCAGGACCGGGCCAUGGGGAGGCUGAGACAAGGGAAUGCAUUUACUACAACGCCAACUGGGAGUUGGAGAAGACCAACCAGAGCGGCGUGGAGCGCUGCGAGGGAGAGAAGGACAAGCGGCUCCACUGCUACGCCUCCUGGAGAAACAACUCAGGCUCCAUCGAGCUGGUGAAGAAAGGCUGCUGGUUAGACGACUUCAACUGUUAUGACAGGCAGGAGUGCGUAGCCACAGAAGAAAACCCUCAAGUGUUUUUCUGCUGCUGCGAGGGCAACUAUUGCAAUGAGAAAUUUACCCAUUUGCCUGAAGUCACUGGCCCAGAAGUCAUAUAUGAGCCGCCGCCGCCAACGCCCUCCCUGCUCAACAUCCUGGUGUACUCGCUGCUCCCCAUCGCUGUCCUCUCCAUGGCCAUUCUCUUGGCCUUCUGGAUGUACCGUCACCGCAAGCCUCCCUAUGGGCAUGUCGACAUUAAUGAGGACCCCGGCCCACCACCCCCUUCUCCCCUGGUUGGCCUAAAGCCUCUGCAGCUCUUGGAGAUCAAGGCGAGGGGACGCUUUGGCUGUGUGUGGAAGGCUCAGCUGAUGAAUGACUACGUAGCAGUGAAAAUCUUCCCUAUUCAGGAUAAGCAGUCUUGGCAGAGUGAGAGGGAGAUUUUCAAUACUCCUGGCAUGAAGCAUGAAAACCUUUUGCAAUUUAUCGCAGCAGAGAAAAGAGGGACAAACCUAGAGACAGAGCUCUGGCUGAUCACAGCUUUCCACGACAAGGGCUCUCUGACGGAUUACCUGAAGGGCAAUAUUAUCAGCUGGAAUGAGCUCUGCCAUGUUGCAGAAACAAUGGCCCGUGGCUUGUCCUACCUUCAUGAAGAUGUCCCUUGGUGCAAAGGUGAAGGACACAAACCUGCUAUAGCACACAGGGACUUCAAGAGUAAAAAUGUCUUGCUGAAGAACGACUUGACGGCAGUGCUAGCCGAUUUUGGACUAGCUGUACGGUUUGAACCUGGGAAACCUCCAGGGGACACUCAUGGACAGGUGGGAACAAGGAGGUAUAUGGCUCCCGAAGUGUUAGAGGGAGCAAUCAACUUCCAGCGAGACGCCUUCCUGAGAAUAGACAUGUAUGCAAUGGGACUGGUGUUGUGGGAGCUAGUCUCCAGAUGUAGAGCAGUUGAUGGUCCAGUGGAUGAAUACAUGCUGCCUUUCGAAGAAGAAAUAGGUCAGCACCCAUCCCUUGAGGACCUGCAAGAAGUGGUGGUUCACAAGAAGAUGCGCCCUGUGUUCAAGGAUCACUGGCUGAAACACCCCGGCUUGGCGCAGCUCUGUGUGACCAUCGAAGAGUGCUGGGACCACGAUGCGGAGGCUCGGCUCUCGGCGGGCUGUGUCGAGGAGCGCAUUGCGCAGAUCCGCAAAUCCGUAAACGGCACUACCUCGGACUGCCUCGUCUCCAUCGUGACGUCCGUCACCAACGUGGACUUGCCGCCCAAAGAGUCUAGUAUCUAAGUCCUGGUUCACUUUUGUCUUUCCAGACUCAGUGGAUUUAAAAAAAAAAAAAGUUUAAAAAAAAACCCACACAAAAAAAAACAAAAACACAAAAAUCCAACAAACACAUGAAUGCAGCUGCUAUUUUAUCUUGACUUUUUAUUAUUAUUGUUAUUAUUAUUAUUAUUAUUUUUUUGGAUUGGAUCAAUUUUACCAGCACAUUGCUCUACUGUAUUAAAAAAAUGGACAUUUCAGCAAGCAUUCAGGUGCCGACUAAUGAAUGCAGAAAAGGUGCAGGUACCUCAGAACCUCAACAAACUCACUUCAGUUGUUUUUGUUUUAUUCAGUUUUCUGGGUUUCUCUUUAUCGGUCUGUCUUCUGAGCGGAGCAUCUGUGACGUAAAGGAAAACCACCUACCAUCUUAGAAAACGCAAUGCUGCAAACUGUGGAGGAAACUUAAGACUGUUAUAUAAAGAAUACACCUUCCUCAAAAGGAUUUUUUUUCCCCAUUUUGUUUUGGUUUUGGGUUCAGUUCCUUUUUUUUUUUUUUUUUUUUUGGAAGUGAGCUUCAAAAAAAAACAGCAGAUGUGUCUUUUACGGAUCUAACGGGUGUCAUUGUAACAUGGAAAAAAAAGUAACUGGGCGGAGAAUGUUAAUUCUUGAUGGUAGAAUUGAAGGGGGGAGCGUAGAAUAGGGGUGGGGAGAGUGACGUUGGACUUGGCAGCAUUUGGGGAAACAUCAUUUGCUAUGGAGCUACUUCUCAGGUAACCAUUAGAGGAGGGGAAGGACAUUUCUGGGCAGAGUAUUAACAGCUGCAGUGUACGGAGAAAGCCGAGUUAAAGAGCCAAUAGUUGUAAGCAAGGCACUAGUUCUUUCUUCCUCCACUGUCUUGGGCUUGGGUGGUAAAAGAACAAAGCAGAACUAUAAUUACCUUUUUAUUUUUCGACUCCAGAUAGUAAUGGGAAGGACGCUUUUAAGCAGUGUAAUUGGAAGAGGUGGGAAAGUGUGUUCUCAGAAGCACUUUGGUAAAAUAUUGGUAGAUGGGAAAAUUUUUGCAUCUCGCUGUAAGUGCAAGUCAGUUCAGGAAAUUCGGCCUUGGGGUUGAUUAUCUGUCAGCCCAAGCUACUGGUGCAGAUGGUGAAAAGAGAAGAAGUGUGAAAACUGGCUCUAUAAUUUAUUAUUUUUUCCUUAUUAAUUUGGGGCUGGGGGGGGCGGAAAUACCUGAACCGGUGGUAGAUGGCUCCUGUAGCAUCCGAGAAGCCUAUGAACUGCCCAGUUGCAGGUUGCAGAGGCAGCUGAGCAGCAGCAGUGAUUAUCGCAGCAUCUCUCCAACUGGUUUCUUUGACGCUGCUUUCUCCUUACUCUGUGACGAAACUCUUUUGUCUUAAAGUGGUGCAUAUUCUAAAAUACCGUUACUCUUAUUAUGCCAUAAACUCGCUCUAGUCAGUGAAUGUUCCUAAUGCUGCUGAUUCAACAUUGAAAUAUUUUUUUAAUUUGCAAAACAUGCAAUGUUUAAAAAAAAAACUAAAAAAAAAAAAACCACAAAACACACACACACACACGUUACGUGGCUUCCGAGGUUUAAACUGAAAAAAAUUAAAAACUUCAUGACCACAGACCACCUCAAACCAGAAAUACCUCAGAAUUUUCUACUUGUAUGAGUUUUAUUAUAUAUUUUGUUAGUUGUGUUGUCUUGUAGUAAGUAUAUUUUAAUGUAAGUUGGCUUUUAUGACAAGGGAGUUUUAAAAAAAGAAAAAAAAGAAAAAAAGUUCCAAAAUCUUUUAGGAAGUGCUACCAUUUUUUUUUUUGUUUUAUAAAGCACCAUUGUAAAUAACUGUAUACAGUUGUAGAAUAACUGCCUAUAUAAGGUACCUGGGCAUUAUUCACUCUUAUUUGUGAAGGCUGUUUCCAUUCUGUGUUAUUUUUUUGGUCUGUUUUAGUGAAAGGACAGUACAUCUUUUUUUUUCUUUUUUUUUUUUAUUAUUAUUUUUAUUUUUUUUACUUUGACUAUAACAUGAAUUCUGUGUCUUGCUAGACUGACAAAGUUAUGUCCAUUGGAUGGCCAGAACUUCUAAAUUUUUCUUUGUGUUAAGCCAAAAUGCAGUCCUAAACUAAUCACCCUGUAAUGAAAAUGUAAAAAGUCUGUAUUAUAUAAACGAAUUGGACUUCUUGCCACUGCCAAAUUAUCAGCGUGCACCCUUGCACAGAUAUAAUUUAUUAAGCAAACAAAAUCACUAAUUGGAGAAAAUAUAAAGAAAAUUGAAAUAUAUUUCUUGAAAAAUAUAGCUUUAAAACCUAGAGGUCACAAAUGAGGACACGGUCCUUUAUCUUGAAGAGACAUUAAGAUAAUUGCCUUAAUUUGUCUAUCUGAAUAAAGUCUUAACCUAUUCUUUCAAGUUACUGAAUGUAUAUUGCAUAUUAGUAUGUACACACAUGUAACUGUAUUUCCGUGUGUAGGUUUGGAAGUUUCUGUUUCUUGAUGUGCUUCUGUUGAGAACACCUUGGCAAAACCAGACAGAACGAUACCAUUUUGACCCAGCCGAUGUCCCUGGUGGUGGUUGGCAUCUUUGGGCCCGAUGCUGCAACAUACCUAUGCUUAGCAUUAAGCGUGUAUGUAGCUCUUCUGGUGUCAUGACAUUAGGCACUCACUUAAUGUUAAGCAUGGUCAUAAAGGUUUGCAGGAUCAGUAUUUUUCAUGUUUAAUACAUUUCUGCACUGAGAUUUAUAUUAAAAUGUGACUAUGUUUUAGAAGUGAAGUGAUGUAGGGGUUGGGGUGGAGCGUAGAGCAGUUAAGAUUGAGUGAAUACUUGUUUCGAGGUGGGCUUGCUCCCAUUUCCCUGGGAAUGGGAGCCAGUUCAUAUUGCUGCAGAAAGAAAAAAGCUGUACUGUCUUUUAACUGUUAAUAUCUGUUUGCUGUUCUGGAUUUUUUCCUUCAGCAUUAUGUAUUAUGGCUAAAACAGGCUUAUUACAGCAGUUGCUUUUUUAUCCUGAUUUCUUUAAGAAGCUUUAAAGUAUUUAUUGAAAGUGCCAUAUGAUUUUAAUAGCCUAUUAGACAGUCUCUGAAAUCUUCUCUUUUGAGAAAGCAUAAACAAAAAUUCUCACGUGUAGCUUAUCUUACUGCGGGGAACUGCACGACCGUACAAACUUUGACCAAAUGUUGAUUGUAAAGUACUACAUCUUCCCUGGUGUAAUGGUUCCUUAUAGAUCAUCUUGUCAACAGGAUUCAGAAACUGAUUUUAAAAAGAGUUUCCAAAUUGCCUGUGUACUCAGUUACAAAUUUAAAUGUAUGUAGGUAUGUGUGUCUUGCUAUCGCAGCAGAGAAGGAAAUCCUGAACUUUUGUUUAUUUACAAAUUUGUACCAGUUUAGCUAAAGCUGUUCUUUUAAACUGGUAUUUAUUUAUUUUAUUAAUGAAGACAAGCUCUGAUGAACUUACUGGUCUUUCAGCACUUGAGCUGUCAAGCACGUAGUUUCCUCAACGCUAAUCUAGCAUUUGAACUCUCAUUGACAACAUGAUUUUGGUUCUGUUCAGUACUGCAGAGGCUUUUUCUAAGUCAGCAAUUGGGCACGUCCAUAGGUGUAGCUGUAAUAAACAUUUGGGGCUCUUUUCCUCUUAACACUCCCUUGAAUAUGAUGGGUACAACAGCUCUUGCGUUACUUCCCAAGCACUACAUUUCACUUGCCAUUCAGACUUAGAAGAAGUAGCUCUUCAAAUACUUUGCUGCAGAAUUUUGUUGUUGACCUUCCUCUCUUGCAUGGCAGUUCUUAGGUGAAUAUUAACCUUGAAUGUCCUGGGUAAAAAUUCUCCUUGACUUCAGGAGCCAGGAUUCCCCUCUCUCUGGUGUAACUCCCUUUAUGAAUUUAUUGCACAGGCUGGGCUGGUUUCCUAGGUAGAGGAAGUUUGAGUUCACAUUUUGAAACUGGAAAUGCCAGAGAAACUAAAAUUGCUUUUUUUGAGAUGAGAGCACUGUGACUUGCUAAUGAAAUUGCAUUAGUACAGCAAGGCUGGAAAUUGUAUGUGGCUCAUGUUGACAUACAGGUGCAUGUUAUAAGAGAUGGCUAUAAACCAGUCUAACCAUCAGUUAAAUAGCAGCAGGCUUAUAGAUUAUGAUCAAGGAUUUUAGCUAGUCCUGAUCAUAAAGUUUUCUCUAUUGAAGACAAAAGAAAACCACUUUUUAUUCUGCCUCGUUCUUCAGCUGAAAUUCUCUUACAGAACAUACUAUGCUAGAUAAGGUUACACCUAUGGAAAUGCUGAGAUCUUUGUGUAUGUUUGUUUCGAAGAGAAGGUCCAUGAGUGCCCCCCAGUAACUCCACUGCAUUUUUCUUGGGUCUUCUGACUCACUGCUGUUCCCACUUGUUAUUGGUUUCGGUAGAAGCAGCAGAAGCCGUGGGUCCACUCAGUGCAACGUUGCUGGUGGGUAUUUCCAGGUUGGCUGGGUCAGGCCUUGCCACUAGGAAUCCUGAUCCCCCUUAAUAUCACAGCACAGAAACUGGGGAACACACGUUUUAUUCCUCGUGUGCUACUUUCUAGGCAGACUGUCAGAACUUGCCCUGUUCUGCAGGGGAAUGAUCUGGUUUCGCUCAGUAUGGGAGAAACUCUUAUUGCAGAGGAAGGUGCUGGUUGAUAAUGUUGUGACAGUGCUGUUGUUGCAGUCCUCUUCAAGCCACACUCCGCUUGAGAAGUUGCUAAGCAGGAAGUGUCCCGCAAACUAUUAUCACUUUUACAUACAGAAUAUUGUUUGGUAACAUUGUAAAUAAAAUAGACUAUAUAAUAGAGGAGAAUAAGGACAUUUUGACUUUUUUACUUUUGGAAAAAUAUAUAUAUAUAUAUUUUAGUUACAUAUACAAACAAAAAUUCUACAUUGUGUGAGAAUUCUUUUAUACCACAAAUUAUUUUUGUAAUGUCUAAUAUGUUUCUUCAGGGAAAAGGGAGAAAGGUCUGUGUACGCACAGCAAAUAAAUAAAUAAAUAUAUAUAUAUAAUGUUUAAAUUAAGCGUGCACUACAUCAAAGUCUAGAGGAUAGAACAAGUUUAGCCUGAAACCAGUUUGAGGAGCAAGUUUGGAUGUACUUGGACAUGCUUUGAGGAUGGCACCGAGUAUAUGUUUAGGUUAUCUUGCAUGUCGCAUCCCUUCUGCUAAAGAUGCUUACUGCUUUUCUGUGACCAUCUUCAGUUUAAACAGGAAGAGUUUUUUCAUGUAUUCAUGCGAGUAUCCAUGUGUGAGCCGUGUGUCUUUUGGCAUAUGCCGUGAUACUGCAGUGAGUUGUGAAGUCAGGGUGUUAAGAAUUUACCGAGACCAAAUAGCCAGGCUGAUCUCGCUCGCCGACGUAUCUGUUUAUAGCAGCUGUGUCUGCUGCAUUGACAAUAUGAUCUGUAAGGAGCUGUUGCCAGUAGAGUCCUGAUAAAACCAAUUCCUAGAAGUUCCUUCCCUCUCAAGUGACACAACUAAUCAGGCUUCACCAGAACACGCAGAUAUGUGCUCUGUGUUCCCAACGUCAGAUUUUAUGGUCUGGGUCAGAGGCACUAAAGAAAAGGAGCACUGUCAUGUCCAAAGUCCCACUUAGAAAAAGAGCAUUCCAAAUUUGCAUAACCAAUCCAAGGUAUUCUAAAAGUAUUAAAGAUAAAUGACUUAAAAUGUAUUCUUUUCACUUAAGCUAACUUUUCCCAUUGGACCUAAAAUGCACUCUGGUCUUUUUGGUUCCCUUAACUUCAACAGCAUGGUGUCAGCGGGGUAAGAAUUACUGAAAAAAGCUUUAAACCAAACAAUACAUUGUGCUACCUUGAAGCUGGUUUGACAGUGUGCCUUUUGAAAUUAGCGCUUAAAGGACUUCGAGCAGGCUUCUGUAAUUGCCGAGUCCUACAUCUGUGUUCUUGGUGAAGUCCUGGCCCUGUGGAAGCCAGGGGGAGACUUGCCAUCGAAUUCUGUGGGACCACGAGUGUGUGUGUGUUCCUGGAGCACUUUCUAAACAUACCUGGUCCCUUACUUACAUGGGACUUCUUUUUUAAAACUCUAGUUUUAGGGUGACGCUCGGUUCCCUGACUGAAGUACUAACCUAUCAAGUAAGCAGUAAUCCUUUUUGUCAGGACGCUUCCACAGAAAGAGAUCAUACUUGUGUUAUGUCCAUCCAGCUGUUCUGAAAUGUAAUGCUGUUCUGUUGUGCCUUUAUUUUUCCAUGUAAAAGCAACUGCUGUAAGCUUUUUUUUUUUCUUUUACUAGUUUUUUCUGUCUGAAAAAACACUUUUCAUUGCCCAGCUGUUAUUUCUGGAUGCAGUCUGUGAUCCAGGUAUUUCAAGAACCAAUUACCUCAAACCUCAUGUUAAACAGUGUUGCUAUCUGGAUUCUCCUUGAUACUACAAUAUUGUAACAUACACAAACAGGAACCUUGCUAUAUAUGGGUGUUUAUAUAUAUGUAUCAUAUACAUAUAUACACGUAUAUAUAUGAUAUAUAUAUGUAAAUGGAAAGUGAUCCCCAAGGACUGAAGGAAAAAAGCAAAACUUUUUUGUUUUCCAAUUGAAACCAAAAGGGCUUCUCUGAAGCUCUAUAAUGGCAUUGUGCUGGAUACAUAUCAAGAAAGUGUUUUCUGAAAAGUGCUUCCUUUGUUAACCUUUUAUUUCAGUAUUUUAAUGGGGCAGAUGAUGUGAUUAAAACACUAUUUCUGCAUUUUUUGGCCCAUUUUGAAGGAGAGGCCUCUUAAUCUUUCCAGUUGUUAAAAAACAACAACAAAAAAACCCUCAGUGUACAACAUUCCAGUAAGGUUUAGUAUUGCAAAACUAAAGCAUGUUCUGGGAAGACUUCAUAGCUUCUGUUUUUGUGAAAAGGAAGGCAUUGGCCAUACUUUAUUCAACUUUUCCACUGUUUUGAGGAACUGGAGUUUAACCAGUACCCAUCCUAGUCAAUUAAAAUACUAAUUCAGUAGUCACUGGCAUCUCUGCAUUGCCAUCCCUGUUAAAACACCCCCCCCAAAAAAACCCCAAACCAGCCCAAACCAAAAAUCCAACCAUGACAGAGGAGUAGGAGGAGGAGGUUGGAGCAUUUCAUAGCUCCUGAAGGUGAACUUAGCACCACAGCAACUUUGUGGAUAGCAAAAAACUUGUUGGCAAGACCUAGAACCUGUCUGGCCCUUUCCUUUUUCCAACUACCUUCUUGCAAGAACCUUCUCAUAAAAGCAGACCUUCAACCACAGCGACUUCUCCUUAAUGGUACUUUCCUGAAGAGAAUUCUGUUCCAGAUAUAUUUUCUGGGGAAAAACAAAAAGUUAGACCAUUCUUUUCAUUAACAUUUUACUGUACACAUUCCCCUCCCAAAUGUCUGUUUUUAAAAAAUGUAUCCAUGUAGCUGACGUAACAUUACGGUCUGUAUUUUACUUGGACAAAAUAGUAGCCUUCCAUCCCAAUAGUAAUGAAUUUACUAUUACUAGUAACUCAAUUAAUUAAUUACUAGUAAGUAAUUGUUAGUAAUUAAUUUACUAUUACUAAAGGAAGAAAAGGAGAUGUUUCUCUUCCCCCGUUUUUUCCUUGACUCUCAAAUGUUUCUAUGGCUAUUGAUGGUUUAUGAUUAUCUUUGGUAAAUCAUUUACAAAAGUACUAAAAUCUCCCAGAAGGAGGCAUUUUGCAAUGCUGCUGGCCUUCCAAUGGAGUAACCGUGAUGCAAAAGUCAAUCUGUUGGUGGAUGAGAAUUGAAGGAGGUGGUUACUGCAAACUAAGUAACAUUCUUGACCUCAAUUCUAUGCCAUAAGUCCGCACAAUGCCAUUGUCAAUCUGCUCAAACUAUCUGCUUAUGAAUUCUGCAUGAUCCUCAUGAUAGAGUUGAAAGCCUGAUCUUUCACCUGUUAAUAUUUUCACAUUUGUCCUUAAGUUUGACAAAUUUUAUACUGUAAAGUUGACUUAAGUACAGUUUGAUGUCAAUUCUUGUGGAAAGAGCUUUCUGCAUGUAACAUUAGACACAUACAGUUAAACAACACAGCAUAGUACAAAACUCACAAGAAAAUGUUUUGGCACCAGCAGAAAGAAAUCUCACCCUAACCAUUUGUCAUUUUAAACCAUCUUAUUGUAAGUUUUACCAGCUACUUCUAAAUUUGUGCUUUAUUUAAAGAAAUAAAAUAAAAAUCCUAAGACUUGUCUAGCGUAGUGAAAUAUGUGUAUAUCAGUUUUAGGAUAAAUAGCUAAGUCUUAUUACGCUGUGUUACUUAACUUGUAUAUAUAGAGUAUACAUAAGAGUUUGCAGUAACCUGUUUCUCCAGGAUUUCCAGUUUGAAUGGACUUAAACUCAAACUAUGAAAUUACGUAAAUGAUUUAGAAGAUUGCAGAAUAAACUGAGUGUAAAUUACAGGAAGCUCUAUCAGAUGGUGAAAUAAUUUUUAAAGAGUCUUUUGGUCCUUGGCUCAAAUUCAAUAAGUACUGUUUGUAUACCAAGAUAUGUGAAAUGUAAAUGUUGUAGGUUAUAUUUCACUCUUGUAGCUAUAAAAAUGUAGAACAGAGAUAGCUUGUACUACUGAGUUAACAAAAGUUAUACUAAAGUAUCCUGUUAAAGAAAAAAGUAUUCAGAGAGUUAAGCUCGUUGCUGUAACCCCUUUUGGAUUGAAGUGUGCUGAUUUUUUAUAUAUAUAUAUUUUAUAUAUAUAUAUUCUGCAAAAGUAUAUAUAUAUAAAAUGUAUACAUAAAAUGGCCUAAUGCAGACAUCCAUUGUAUUGCAGUUAUGAAGACAUUUUGGAAAGAACAUUGUAUCAUAGUUCAUGAAUUUGCAGUGGAUCUUUGUUCCUUUUUACUGUGGUAUUUUAGAAAUGAGUCUCAAGUUUGAAAUUAGAUCUGCCAAGUUGGAGUUUUGCUGCUUCAGCUUUGCACUGGGUGUCUGAAUAAACCAGUAUGAAUGUAGUAUUUGCCCUGUGUGAAGCAGCUACACCCCAACAGAUAGGAGGAAAAAAACUAGAAAGAACUAUUUCAAGUUUAUCUUUUUGUAUAUGAAAAUAAACAGUAAAUUACAAAUAA